CUCACCUUUGUUCGCUGUAUAAAGUUAGAGUGAUUGUAUUAAAAGUGUCAGUAAAUCAUCAUCAGCAGUAGCAGCAGCUCCUCCACAGACCCUGUGAGCUCUUAUUACCAGACCCGGAGAAGAUGGGGAAGAUUGAGUGGGCGAUGUGGGCUAAUGAACAAGCCCUGGCUUCUGGACUCAUUUAUCUAACUGGAGGAAUCGUCGGAGUUGCUGGACAGUUAAAGGGCUGGGAGUACGCUGCUUUUGGGAUAGCUGCAGGUGUGUUUGUGUGUUUGCUUGAGUACCCCAGGAGCAAGAGGGCUAAAGGCACCAAUUAUGAGAGAACUGGUCAGUACUGCUUCACUGUGUGUGUGAAGGCAUUCGGACCCCUGACUAGCAAUUACUACGUGAGGGCGUUCCUGCAUGCAGCGCUUUGCGUCCCAGGAGGCUUCAUGCUUGCUACAGUUUUAGGAUGUGUUUGUCUGGGCAUGGCCAGCCUCAUCUACCUGUCUGCUGCUAUCCACGGGGAGCACUGGCAGCCAAUCAUGCCCAAGUCAGAGCCAGCCAAAUCGGUAACACAGAGCAUCAAGCACCCCCCUCAGAACCCACCGCCACGCCCACCCGCAGAAAUGCGCAGAAAGAGAGCAGAAGACCUGGAGUCUGCAGCCUACGUUAACCCCCUACCCGUGACUGCCAAUGAGUAAUACGUGAUGAUCUGCUGUAUUUCUCCAUUGCAAGGACUUUAAUACUGACAGACUGCUGUAUGGAGGUGAUAAAAUAGCAUAGAUACAGGUUUAGUCUGUUUACUCUGAUCAAGUAUUUCAGCUUAGUCUGAAUCUAUCUAUCUGAAUCUGUGUGGUGGAGUGGAGUGUGGUGAGUCAGUUGUGAAAGAUUAUUUUGGCGCGUUUCUGUGUACUUAAGAAAGAACUGAAACAACAUUAACUCAACAUGCUUCAGCACCUGCCCAUGGCUUCUAUUAUUAGUGUGUUUGAGUCAGUGGCUUUUUUGUUCUUUCACUAAGACUAAAAAACAUAUUUUAGCAAUUGGAUGUGUUAAAUAUAUAUAAAAAACAUUUUUACAGAAAAAGGAAAAACCCUUUAUAAUAUUUAAUAGGAAAUAUUUUAUUCCAAACAUUUCUAUUGGUCAAUUUAUGAUGUAAUUCUCAACAAAAUUUAGGUCAAAAAGAAAAAAGGUAUGAGUGAAAUCAACACAAAAAGAUCAAAGUAUUCCUGUAACUCGAUUCCAAUUUAGAUGAAAGUGUUUUCUUUAAAUCUGUGUUUUUUCAGAUUUCUUUUUUUUACCUUGUUACAGUGUGUUUUAUAUAAUGAUGCUUGCAAAAUGUAUCACAGGUAGUCAGUCUUCCUACAUACACUGCCUGCAUUGUCUGAGCUUACAAAGUCUGUCUUUGCACUGUAAAAAAUGUAUAUAUAUUUAUCAAGUUUCAAAAUUGUCCUGCCAUGAAUUAGCACAUCUCUGGGCAUGGUUAACUGGUUAAGACAGGUGAAAUGAAGGCAAAAACCCAUUUUACAGCUUUGUGAUCAUUGGUCAGUCGCGUUUAUGUUUGUAUUGCUUAUUAUUUUCUACAAAUUAUAUGUAGUAGGCCUGCCACAAUAACUUGUUUGGACAAUAUAUCGUCCCAGAAAUAACGGCAAUACACAAUAAUAGUGUAAUUUAGACCAAUGCUAUUUAGCCACAAAUUUAAUAAUAAUAGCAUAAAUGUCAUUUUCUUUAAUUACAUUUUAAUUAUAAAGUGUAUUUAGACAUUGGGAUUAGAAUAAAAUAAAUCUAAAUAAACAAAUAAAAUGAAACAAAAUUAUACUUUCAUUAAUAGGAUCUCUGUACUGUGAAAAUUUUCAUUUUAAGCUCAUACAUUGUAUGAUAAAUCGCUAACGUAAUUAUUGUGACAGGCCUAAUAUGUGGUGUCUUUCCAGUUACAGAGAACAAACUUUACAUCUGCAUGUGCAGAAAACCACCAAAGACAACCACAGAUAGUUGAGAGUAAGUCGUAUUCUGAGAACCUGAUGUAAGAUUAAAACAAUCUGGUGGCAUUUUCUUAAAGCUUUAAACAGUUACUGUGUUUAAUAAUAAUGAAUAUUGACCUCAUAAUGUACUGUGUAUAUUCAUGCUUUUAUACUCUACUAAUAAACUCAGGAAAUGAAAUAUAA